CAUAAGCUUUUUAAUGGUCAAACAUAAAUGUUGACUGUCACCUAGGACAGAGUUAACGGAACUAGACGACGAGUGACCAAGAAUGACAUAAAUGUGUAGUAUCAAUGGCCAAAUUGAAGUGAAAAUGAUUCGGGUAACUAACGUGUAGCAAAUAGGUAAUAUGAGUGACCAAACUUGCAAUUCACCCAAGCCAAAACAGAGCACCGAAUUUCACCGCUUGCAUGAGUCCUGGAAUUUCCGCGAAAAGCACCGAAAAUCACCUCUCUCUCUCUCUCUCUCUCUCUCUCCAAUUACAGGGGACGGAUAUGGCAGAAACCGCCUUAUGUUUUCCCUAAAAUGGUUUUCCCGAUUCUUCUUCUCUCUCACUACGUGGUUGACAAAUGGUUCCAUCCCCUUUCUUCCACCGUAUAAAUACAAUCCCUCCCUUCUCUUCAUCUCUCCACAUAUAGAAAGCAAAACCCACAAGCACUUUCCAAUCCAUUAAACUGUUUCCAGAUCAAACUGAAGAGGUUGCACAAAACAAAAACAAAAAAAAACAGAGCCAUGUCGAGCACUAAGGGCCAGGUCAUUCGCUGCAAAGCUGCGGUUGCAUGGGAGGCAGGGAAGCCAUUGGUGAUCGAAGAAGUGGAAGUUGCGCCUCCACAGGAAAACGAAGUCCGUCUCAAGAUCCUCUUCACCUCUCUCUGCCACACCGAUGUCUACUUCUGGGAAGCCAAAGGCCAAACCCCAAUGUUCCCUCGCAUCUACGGCCACGAAGCUGGAGGGAUCGUGGAGAGCGUCGGCCCGGGAGUGACGGAUCUGGCGCCAGGUGACAAGGUUCUGCCGGUGUUCACCGGGGAAUGCAAAGAGUGCCGCCACUGCAAGUCGGAGGAGAGCAAUAUGUGUGAUCUCCUCAGGAUCAACACCGACCGCGGAGUUAUGCUCGCCGACGGCAAGUCCAGGUUCACCGUCAAUGGCAAACCAAUCUACCAUUUCUUGGGGACAUCCACUUUCAGCGAGUACACCGUCUGCCACGUUGGAAGCGUCGCCAAGAUCAACCCCGACGCCCCUCUCGACAAAGUCUGCGUCCUCAGCUGCGGCAUCUCCACUGGUCUUGGAGCCACUCUGAAUGUUGCAAAGCCGAAGAAAGGUCAGUCCGUCGCCAUCUUUGGGCUCGGAGCAGUUGGCCUUGCUGCUGCUGAAGGUGCAAGGCUUUGUGGAGCAUCAAAGAUCAUUGGGGUUGAUUUGAACGCGAGCCGAUUCGAGCAAGCCAAGAACUUCGGAUGCACGGAUUUCGUGAACCCGAAAGACCACGACAAGCCUGUCCAGCAGGUGAUUGCUGACAUGACCGACGGAGGAGUCGAUCGUAGUGUGGAGUGUACCGGAAACGUCCAGGCCAUGAUCUCAGCAUUCGAAUGUGUUCACGAUGGCUGGGGUGUUGCAGUGCUAGUUGGUGUUCCGAACAAGGACGACGCGUUCAAGACCCACCCGGUGAACUUCCUGAACGAGAGGACGUUGAAGGGGACCUUCUUCGGCAACUACAAGCCUCGGACCGACCUUCCUUCCGUUGUUGAGAAGUACAUGAACAAGGAGCUUGAAGUGGAGAAGUUCAUUACUCACUCCGUGCCCUUCUCGGAGAUCAACAAAGCGUUCGACAUCAUGCUGAAAGGAGAAGGGCUGAGGUGCAUCAUUCGCAUGGAGGACUAAGAUGGAAUGUUGAAAGCUGAAAAAAACCCAGAGCGAAGAGAUGGUGAUCUGCUUCAGUAUAUAUGAUCCUGUUUAGUAAAGAACUUUGUCGAGUCUAAUAUUUGUGAUGUUAGUAUCUGCUCUUGGUGUUUGGGAUCUCGUAUAUGAAAAAGAGUAACGAUGUCUUUCUGUUUAUUUGUAUGCAAGUUUUGGGUCCUCUGUUUUUUCCCCCAUAGUCAUCUCUAAUGUUAUUUGCUAAAAACUACUUGUCAGGAGUAAGUACACCAAUCAAUGCUAAUAAACAUCUCCAUCGUUCUAAAGACAUAAUCUUGUUAUGCUGAGAAGGAAGAUCUUCUGGGAUUAGCAGCUUGCAGAAGGUGACAAUUAGAGGAUUGAUUCGCAGAGUAGAGAGGUUAAUGCUCUACUGUUUUAAAUUAUGUAAAACUGCUAAAGUUUGUUAUCUCUAGUAAAAAGUUGAAAAUCCAUUCAUGUGGCUUUCUCUCACUCGUCACAAAUAUUAAUGAUUAGUUCUUCAGAUGCGGGUUUCAAACGUGAUUUCUCCUCUUUUGCAAUGCAUAUUACCUUGGUCUUACAUCGAUUAAACAAGAGAGAAUUAAAGAAUUUAGGUUUUAAUCGAUUUUUAAGGCAAAUUCAACAUUAGUCUUUAAAUGAGUUUGAGCCUUGUUCGGUUGGAUUUUUGGACCUAAGUGGCCAAACUUCCUCUUCCAGACACAAGUGGCUCACCGUUCUCUCUGGGCUCCAUGGCGAGUAGCCUCCUCCCCAAUGUGACUGACUUGGUAUCAAAAUAUGAAAGUGUAGCCAAGAAGGUACCAAGCUGGCAAGGUACUCUCGGUAUCAAGAGAUGAAAAUUGGCCAAGUAUGAAACCAAGAGGGUACCAAGUUGACAAGAAAUGUUUGGUACCAAGAUGUGAAAUUUGGCUAAGUUGGAGACAUGAUAUCAAGCCAAGACAUGCUUGAUAGUGUUAUUGACCGGUUAAACCGCCACCCGGUCACAAAACCGGCUCGGAACAGUCUAAAAGCCGCUCCGGUUUUAUGUAGCGGUUGGCGAGCGGCUGAGGCGGUUAACCGAUCGAGCCGAUCGAGCCGCUCGUCCGGUUUUUGCCAUUCAGCCACUAAAUUUAAUUAAAAAAAUUAUAGAAAAUUG